UAUGUACUACAUCAGAGCACAUAGUGUACACAGUGAGUCAGAUUGAAUCUAUCUCUUGUUGUAUCCUUCCACAAGCUUCACAAUAAUUUGGAAUUAUUUAUUUAAUUAUUUAUUUUUUUGCCCAUUCUUCCUGACAGAACUGGUGGAACUGGUCAGAACUGUGCAUUUCCUCACUCAGAUAUGCAUUUCCAGUCAGGGUGUUGCGAUGGCCACUCCAAUACUUUCACUUUGUUGACUUUAAGUCAUUUUGUUACAACAUUGGAGGUUUGCUUAUGAUCACAUUACUGCUGGAAGACCAAAUUACAACUAACUUUGAACUUUAUGUCUGUUUGUACCAACAUCCCCCACUAAUUCUGCACUGGACUACGCCUUAAUGUGAAGGGAAAUGAGUGAGAAAAGAAGCUGCUGAUCUUUUGUUGUUAGCAACAGUAAAACCUGACAGGUGUCAUUGUAUGACGAAUACACAUACGCAGGCUCCACCCACAUUAUCUGCAUCACAUCUGACUAUAAAUGGUCUGCACUUUCUGCACUUUAUUCAUUUUAUUCAUUUUGAUGGUUUGUUAUAGAUAGAUAGAUAGAUAUAGAAGUUUUUUUCUAGAUAACACUUUUAAACACGAACUUCUUCUGAGGGCUGGGACAACGAACUUUGGAAAAUGACUAACCCAGAGGAACCAGACGGUGUGAAUGAAAAUUUUACAGACAAAGACGAUAAAGAUUUGAAUUCCCUGAAGGACUCGGAUCCAGAAACAACUGCAUCGACGCCAUUGUUUCCGUGUCUCAGCCCUCAGGAGAAAAAUUCAACUGACAUGAAUCCCGUGAAGGGUGGUGCCCGUACAAGUCCACCAUCAGCGAAUCCAUCAACACACCCGAAGGAGACGAAUAACUCGGAUAAUAAAGACAAACUGAAUUUGUGGCAUCUCUUCAACAUCGAAGAUAAAAAUAUCUGUGAUAAGGUUACUCAUGAUAAUCUUACAGAUAUUUUUCUAAAACUUUUAAAGAAAAGUCCAGAAGAGUCAUUACAUGAUAAUAAUGAUGAUUUAAAACGUUUUUUAGAAAUCCACAAAAAACACCAUUUAGACGUUUACAUGAAAAACAAAGAUAAACAAUAUGCAUAUGCUUUUAUAGAUGAGGAAGGUAAGAUUAAGGUAACCGAGAAAUAUAUGCCACACCAGGGGAAAGGAAAACAUAGUGAGGAUCUUCUUAUUACUGAAAUUGAGAAGUAUAUAAAUGAAAAGCAUAUUAAAGAAAUUAAAAAUAAAUUAGUAAUUUACAUCUUCACAACGAAUAGUCCUUGUUACGGGAGACAGAAAACUGAACCCUGUUUAUCGACUAUACUCAAAUUUUCAACUAAGCAUAGAAAUGUUAAAAUAGUUAUUGUCUUCUCAAAAUAUUAUGUCUUUGUCAAUCAGAUCCAUGAUUUUAUUCAAAAAAAUGCUGGACCAAGCUGGUAUACUCAAUGUAAGUUUUGUGUUAAAUUGGAUAUUACAGAAUUCGUAGAUAAAUGUAAAAGUUUUCAACUUUUCUCUCAAUACAAUAACUUAAAUAUUAUAAAUAACUAUGAAGGUAUUAAUAAUAACUUAAAUAUUAUAAAUAACUAUGAAGUUAUUAAUAAUAACUUAUAUAUUAUAAAUAACUAUGAAGAGUGCCUCCAGAAAAAAACAGAGCUUGAGUCCACACUGAGAGAGGAAAUGAAUGAUGAUUUCACUCCGAUUACUAAAUUGUUAAAUGACCGGUGGACUAGAAGCGUAGAUCAAAGUUUAAACCGACAUAUACUUUUGCCCAUCUUCAAUUGGAUCCAGGAUCAUUAUCACAAUGUAAAGUUUGUCCAGGUUGAUUCGGAAGAAAUGGAACGCUUGAUUCCUUCUUAUAAGCAAGAAAGAGCUGCUACCCCCGCGACCUGAUUACGGAUAAGCGGUUGAGGAUGGAUGGAUAAUAAUAAUAUAAUUCGGCUAAUGAGGAAUAAUUGGAAUUGGAAUAAAUCAUGCUGAUUGCACACUUUCUGAUUUGUUUGAUUUUUCCUUAAUAUUUACCACACAGUGCACUGUUUCCUAACACACACACGCACACACACACACACACACACACACACACACACUUAUUAUUUCAUCCAUUAAUAAUAUCUUCAUUAUUAUAACAUCAUGUAAAGUGUUUCACACCACAGAGCGGUUAAAUGCUUGAAUCUGAUU